UGACAACCAAGGUGGCAAGGUCCAAGAGAAGAAGCUGAACCUCAGAAAAAAGAAAAUUGGUAAGACUGGAAAGACAGCUUUCGCAGCUUCAUUUCAUUGCUCGAGCGCCUGAGAGAGAGAGAGAGAGCAGGUAGCGGCGGCACCGGCACCGGCACCGUCGGAUGAGAAAGAUUUCAUUCAUUAUUGUUGAUUUUGUAGAGGAAGCAAGCUUUCUAAAGUCUCUCUCUCACUCCACCAACUGAAAUCGUCGAGGUUUGAGGAAUCUGUGCGGGCGAUCCUUUUCAGAGCUUUCGACUGCGCUCCCACCCCUUAAUUCAAAUCUCUGCUUGCUAGGUGCGGUGCAGAAACAAGGAAGCGAUCCGGCAGAGAUGUCAGUGCAGGAGUAUCUGGAAAAGCACUUGCUUUCACGCAAAAUCGAGGACGCCGUCAAUGCCGCCGUCAGGGCCAAAACUCCUGAUCCUGUUCUCUUCAUCUCCAAUCAUAUGAAGAAGGCUGUUCCUUCAGUCAUAACGAAGAUUCACGCCCGGCAAAUCCUUGAUAGCAGAGGGAUUCCAACAGUUGAAGUCGACUUGCAAACUAACAAAGGCACCUUCCGCGCUUCAGCUCCUAGUGGUGAUGUUACUGGAAUGUACGAGGCUGUUGAGCUACGUGAUGGGGACAAGGGAGUGUAUCUUGGGAACAGUGUGAUGAGAGCAGUCAAGAAUAUCAAUGAGAAAAUCUCUGAAGCAUUGGUUGGUAUGGAUCCAACAUUACAGUCUCAAAUUGAUCAGGCCAUGAUAGACUUGGACAAAACAGAAAAGAAGGGCGAACUUGGAGCAAAUGCCAUAUUAGCUGUGUCGAUUGCUGCGUGCAAGGCGGGAGCUGCUGAGAGAGAGAUUCCCCUCUACAAGCACAUUGCUGAGCUUUUUGGUAACACUAGCCUCACUCUUCCUGUUCCUGCCUUCACUGUCAUCAGUGGUGGAAAACAUGCUGGAAAUAAUUUGGCCAUUCAGGACAUCAUGAUUCUUCCAAUUGGAGCCAACAGAUUUGAUGAGGCAUUGCAGAUGGGCUCUGAGACAUAUUCUCAUCUAAAGGCUGUUAUUACUGAAAAAUAUGGCAUACAUGGAUGCAAUGUUGGUGACGCUGGUGGCUUUACUCCAAACAUCUCAAGUGUUCAAGAAGGUUUGGAUCUGGUAAAAGAGGCUAUUGCGAGAACAGGAUACAAAGACAGGAUAAAGAUAGCUAUUGAUGUUGCUGCCACUGAUUUCUGCAUAGGCACAAAAUAUGAUUUGGACUUCAAAACGCCAAACAAAUCAGGGCAAAAUUUCAAGUCGGGGGAGGAUAUGAUUGAAAUGUACAAAGAGCUAUGUGCUGAUUAUCAAGUUGUGUCAAUUGAAGAUCCAUUUGACAAAGAAGACUGGGAACACAUCAAAUACUUUUCUAGCCUUGCACUCUGUCAGGUAGUUGGGGACGGCUUGUUGAUGUCAAAUCCUAAACGGGUUGAGAGAGCCAUACGCGAAUCUACUUGCAAUGCUCUGCUUCUCAAGGUGAAUCAGAUUGGGACAGUGACAGAGGUGUUCGAGGUAGUGAGGCUAGCAAAGGAUGCCCACUGGGGAGUGGUGGCGUCUCAUCGAAGUGGAGAAACCGAAGAUUCGUUUGUAGCUGAUUUAGCGGUGGGGCUCGGGUUGGGUCGGAUCAAAGCAGGUGCUCCUUGCAGGGGAGAGCGAGUGGCCAAGUACAACCAGGUACACAUUCCAAUUUCCUCUCCAGCAACCACCACAAACACUAAACGCCAUCUCCCUCCCUCCCUCUUCUAGCAGUGUGUUCGUGUAAUGUCUCAUUCUGUGUUCUUUGACGCUGCAGUUGCUCCGGAUUGAGGAAGAGUUUGGCGAUAAUAUGAGCUAUGUCGGGGAAGACUGGAGAUCGAUCUGAUUCGUUUCGAGGCUCCCCUGCUGGUUUCCAUUUUGAACAAUAACUGGGAGUUAUUCUGCUGGUACUCUUGUGUUUUUCUUAAGGUUAGAGAACGAGUGAGUUUUUUUGGGCAUGUUAUUGCUUUGUGUGAGAAUUUUUGUAGCAGUAGCAUGGAUGGAGUUGUUGGUAUGGUUCCUUUACAAAGGACAUGCUCCGAUAAAAAUCGUUUUGUAAGGCUAUAACUUUUACAGAACGCUAGUCUCGCCGGGAGCGGCCGAAAAAUAGGGUCAGUCCAUCCACGAUUCUCGACACGCACGUCCGCGGCCCCUCUGUUUCAUCCAUAUGCUUUGCCUGGGCAGCAAAAAUGGCAAAAAUAAAAAGAACAUUGUGUUGCUAAUCAUUUAAUCUAAUCUCAAUAAAAUAAUUUGAGUUGUUGGUAUUGCUAAAUUGGUGCUAAGCUGGCGACUUGUGUUAUGUUUACAUUAACUGCAUCGUUUUCAUCUUUUCAAUAUAAGCCUACAAGGUAUCUUUUUACUUUUUCUCACCAGAAAUAUAAG